AUGAGUUUGGUACGAAACUAUGACACAAAAACAAAAGAUGACAAGAAGUACUUGAAUGCUUUCUCUACAGUUUCUCUGAUUAUUGCAGCUUAUCUCACAAUCAUCAUAAUUUUUCAAAACAUCAGUACUUUUCCAUUAUGGGCGCACAUAGUCAUAUUCACAGUUUUGCUGCUUCUAGUUGCCUCACCUCUUGGAAUUGCAGUCAGAGCCCAUAGAGAGGACUCUGAUAGAUACGCACAAGCAUUACUGGAAGAGAGGGGUUACAAGUCAACGCCAGGGAUGUCUUCUGAGAUUUGUAAAGCAGAGGAUUCUAUAGAUUAUCAUGAACUUCCUAGUGAAGAGGGUCAAGCAAAGGCUGCUUUGGAUGAUGAAAGGCUGUCAGAUGAAGUAAACAUGAAUCUCUUGCAAGCCUUGUGUACUGUAAACUUCUGGUUGUUGUUUAUUGCUAUGUUUUGUGGCUUAGGUUCUGGACUUGCUAUGAUAAACAACAUCGGUCAGAUAGGAGAAUCUAUGGAUUACACAGCCACUGAAAGAAAUUCUUUGGUUUCAUUGUUGAGUAUAUGGAACUUUCUUGGCCGUUUUGGAGCUGGCUUUGUGUCAGAUAUUUUCUUGCACAGAGGUGGGUGGGCAAGACCAUUGUUUGUGGCUAUUACUCUAGCAAUCAUGACUAUUGGCCAUAUAGUUGUAGCUUCUGGUUUUUCCAAAAACUUGUACUUGGGUACGGUCCUAGUUGGUGUUGCUUAUGGUUCCCAGUGGUCGUUGAUGCCUACCAUCACCUCUGAGAUAUUUGGGGUGGGGCACAUGGGGACUAUAUUCAACACCAUCGCCAUAGCAAGUCCUGUUGGAUCUUAUACUUUCUCUGUAAGAGUCAUCGGGUACAUUUACGAUAAGGUAGGAAGCGGUGAAGAUAGUGCAUGCUCUGGCACUAGAUGCUUUAUGUUAUCUUUUAUGAUCAUGGCAUCUGUUGCUUUCUUUGGAGUUCUUGUUGCUCUCGUAUUGUUCUUUCGGACCAGGAGGUUCUACAAGUCGGUCGUGUUCAGGCGUUUGCGACAUUCUUAG